AUGCACCCCUCAAAGAAGGUUUGUCUAUCGAAGAUUGACUUGAACACUGCUAGAAAACCUCACAAGGUUUGCUUCAGUAAACUCAACAACCCUCUGGCGUGCUACUCUUCAUCUGAAUCAGAUGCGGACUCUGACGACCAACAGUCAUGUUACAGCGCCGACCAGGCCCGUGCUAAAAGAAGAGCUUCUUCUAGGAUGUCAUUUUCUGUCAACAACGAGCUUUCGAAAGCCGUUUCACAAUACAGUGACGAUGACGACCUAGAGUUGGAAGCUUCUGAACGCGGUUUGGGCAGCUGCACAAACAUCCAGCUGUGCCAUGGCCAGCGGAACUCUAUCACGUCCAGCUUUUUGCCAAUCUCUGACAACAACUCGUCUGGCCCUAGUACCAAGAAGCACAUGCCACAAGGUGACAAGUCCUCUCGUUCUAGGUGCUUCGACUACCUCGUUGGUGCCAUUGACGAAGCAUGGGCUAGAUAUUGUGAUGCUGCCUCUUAUGUGGAGGACGAAACAUACGGUUACAACACACCAAACUCUGUUGCUACCGACGACGAGGACGACUAUUUUGGCAACACCACGGACUUGACUGACUACGAGAGCGAGUUUGAGCACGAACAGAAAAAGUGCAUUGCUCAACCAGUCUCCAAGAAACCCUCGAUGAUGGCCAAGCCCGUUGGUAUUAUGGCCAACGAUAGCACAAGUCGUGCCUCGUCAACCUCUAAGGAUCCUUCUUCGUGCCAGUUGCAAGCGUUGAAGGACCGCUUGAUCAAAGCCAAGUACUUCUUGCAAGAUCUCUUGGAGUCUGAGGACUACCAAGACGCAUCUGCUUUUUGGAAGCGCUGGGACAUGAUCAAAUAUGCCGCCAUUGAGUUGGUUGAAGAUGACGACGAUGACGAAAUCAUCGAGUCUACCAUCGACGACUUGGAGGAAGGGCGUCUUUUUACCAACUAG